CUCGGGGAGUAGGUACAAGUAGUUGUACACUCUACCCGCAGCAUCCUCGCGCCUUCCCUCUGCAUCUUUUAGCGACUCUCUAGCGGCCGGAAGGCGGCACCACGUCGGCCACCACUUAUUGCGCUGCGUCCCCCAUCACAGCCCCACAGCCCACGCCGGACGCUUCUGGGCCCAAUCAGCAAGCAGCGAGACCGGGAAUUGGAAAGCAGUAGACAAAGCGCGUGUGUGCAAGCUGCGGAAGUAUCCAAGUAUGGAUGGAGAACUGAGCGCCGCGAGCGAUACGCUCCUGGCAAGGUUUGGGCGCGCACUCGAGGUUGUGCUCGACGAGCCGCAGCGAGAGCUGGACAAGUGCAACGUGUUUGUCAAGUACCUGCCCAACGACGUCGACGACGAUGUGCUGCACGCGCUGUUUGCCGGCUUUGGCGACAUCGCGUCGUGCAAGGUCAUGGUCGACCUUGACUCGGGCAAGUCGCUCGGCUACGGCUUUGUUCGAUUUGUUCUGCCGGAUGCUGCUGCCACCGCCGUCGAUGCUAUGUCAGGCCAUCGCAUCUCCAACAAGCGGUUGCUGUGCAAGCUCUCGCACUACAACCCACCCAAGGACAAACCUGCGGUGGCGCAGGAUGCCGUUGUCCUCUCGCCGCUCAUCGGCUCCGUCGACGCCGGCGCGCUCAAGGCUUUGCUUUGCAGAUUCGGCACUAUUAUCCACGCCAAGGUCAUCGGCAAGAAAAAGGGAAACCCACGCCGUGGGGUUGUUCAAUUCACUGGGCCGGACGCGGCGAGUGGUGCGGUCAAGGCAUUGGACGGCAAGUCCGUGGCCGGCUUCUCGGCGUCAAAUCUCACCGUCGCACUUGCAGAGGCGUCCCUGGUGCCCGGGACCAAGGCUGCGAGCGGCGGCGGGGCACUCAGCCGGACAUCGCGCAAAUGCAAGGACGCCGCCAUCCUUGUCCGCCAGUUUUACGCCCACACCAUCCGGCUGGUUCGCGACGGCGCGCUGCACACGCCAUUGGCCCCUGUCUCCGACUAUGUAUCGCCGGGCACGCCCGAUCCGGAUCCCAAGUCUCUGGCGGGCAUUGCUUCAUUUCCGGAGUUGGAUGGGUUCGACGCUGUGGCGCCGCUUGCCCUUCCGCUCUCGGGCGUGCUCAUGGUUGUCGCCCCGCUGCAUCCGCACAUGGACGCCGCCGUGCUUUACGCCAUGCUGGCACCGUUUGGCCUCCUUGCAGCAUCGACGAUUGCGCCGCUCACGCCCGACGCAGCUGCCGCGGUCAACCUGACGCCCGAUGUCGGCUCGAGCAACGCGCGAAUGGCGGUUGCCGUGUUCCAUGCCCCGGCGGCGGCGGCCGCCGCCACCGUCGCCCUUCACGGCUACCGUCAGGGGCGAACGAUUCUCUCGGCCGCCGUGCCUGACGUGCAAACAGCGACAAGCCUAGCGGCGGGUACUAUCGCAGCCUUGCGCCAUCGGCGACGGCGGCCGCACCAGCGGUGA